AUGGUAGAGCUUCUCCUAGACUACGGCGCCAAUCCGUACGAUAACGGCAGUCGCGGAAAGGAUGGGGCGCAGCGUCUGGCUCGUUACCUCCGCAAGAUGAAACUACGCCAAUUGAUUCAAGAACAUAUGACGAAGUAUCCGGAGGAAGAGUGCUUAGCAAAGUCUACCAAGAUGAACGGCAUAAGAUAG